GGUUUGGCAGUGCGAACUGGGGCAUGUCGACUCAUCCGUUUCUGAUCAUUCCGCAGCUUUUGCUGUCGGUCACCGGCUACCAGAUCAACGUGCCUGCCCCGGACCCAGCUUAUCUCUUCAGUCCUCCGGUCCUACAUGCCUGUGCUGACGUGGCAGCGGUUUCCUUUUUGGCUCCGACGUCAUCAACCACUGCUCAUGCGCCGCCCACAGCGCCGUCGCCUAUAAGAGCAGCGACCCAGCCGAAUCUCUUCAGUGGGUUUGGCAGUGCGAACUGGGGCAUGUCGACUCAUCCGUUUCUGAUCAUUCCGCAGGUUAGUAGACCUCAUGUAAGGUGUUUCAGAAGCAAUGACGUGUGUAUUAUCGUACUGCCAAACCCAGGCACCCUGUAUUCUAUUUUUGUCGAGUGCUGUAGAAAUGUUAGUACGUUGCUUAUGUUGGCAGGAGAUGUGGAAUCCAAUCCAGGACCAGAUGAAGUUCCUACUAGGGUAUUACUGGAGCAACUGCUCGCAACUCAAAAAGAAAUAUCCCAAAACAUUGCCGACAUAAAGAGUGAGCAGCAGUCUACUAAGUCUUGGUGUGCUAGUGUGAAUAGUCGCCUUGGUCUUAUAGAGACAUCUAUUGACGAACUUAGGUCAACCACAAAAAGGGUUGAAGGCUGCGAGUAUGGGUUAGCGGAUGUUGCUAGCACGAUCGGGGAUCUUAAGCGAAAGAUCGACGACCUUGAAAACAGGAGCAGACGAAACAACCUAAUCAUUCAUGGAAUUAAAUGUGAUGUCAAUGAAACGGCAGAUCAGCUUAAAGAAAAAGUUUGCACGAAUAUAUUUUCUACCAAGCUUCAGGUUGACGUUUCUACUGUCGAGAGGAUCCAUAGGCUAGGACGCAAUCAAGGAACUAGACCAAGACCCGUGAUAAUGAGCUUCAGAGAUUACAUCGAGAAAAUGAGCAUUCUCACUAAUGCUAAAAAACUAAAGGGGACGGGCGUUUUCAUCAAUGAAGACUACUCCUACGAAUUGCGUCAAAUACGCAAAAAGCUAUGGGACAGCUCGCAGGCUGAUAGAGAUAGGGGUGAUAAAGUAACCCUUUCAUACAACAAGUUAAAGAUAAAUAAUGUAACGUAUCAGUGGGACAACAACUUGCAAAGUCGCGUGCGUCUCAAUCGGCCUCCGAGCCCCCAAGCGGUACAACCUGCAUCGGAUUGACUUCAACCAUCGGAAAAUUCUACUAUAAGGCUUCUGAACAUAAACGCUCGCAGUGUUGUUAACAAGGUCGACGCUCUGGAAGCAACUUUGUAUGCACACGACCCGGACUUUGUUGCAAUCACCGAAACAUGGCUGAAUGAUAGAAUAAAUGACUCUGAAAUUGUA